UUAUUUAUUGUUGUAUUUUAGCAACAACCAAAAUCGUGAAAAAUGAAAUAAGCAUCCUCUCAUGAUUGAACUCAUGAUUGAUAUAAAUAUAAGAGAACUGAGUUUGAAAGUAGGCAAUUAUUUGACUGACAGUGUCUUUUUUUAGUUAUUCCACCUGAAGAUGAAAUCUCAAAUCGACGACACGAUAGUCACUUAUAGUUGGAUUAGUCCUGGCUCUCCGUGUUUAUGCAAAACUCAAUGCCUCGCCGUGAGGGUCGCUGUCGUGAUUUUUGAUGCGAAAGCAUCACUUUAUUCUAAAUAACAGUUCGAGUUGAAUGGAAAAGAGACACAAUUCAACAUUAUUUAAAAUACAAUAGUGUCCAGCUCAGGAGCCACACUUGGUCAGUUCAAAAUAGCUGAACUGGAAAGAACCUAUUCAUGACCAUUAUUUAUGUUAUCGCGUUUGAAAGUCUUGUGGUUUUUGCUGCGUGAAGAGAGAAUUGUUGUAUUGAGUCUGGAUUGUAUGCCUGUAGAAUUAUCAGGCCACCGGUGGGUGGAUUAACCACUCCAUAGUGAUCGAACGAACGCUGGAAAAAGUUUUUCGAGCAGUAUUCUGAUGGUAAAGAUUGUAUGGUGGAGGCUUCCAUAUGUAGGCAUUCUGGAACCUGAGAGAAGAUAAAUACAAUCAUAACCCAUUUUGACUCUGGACAUUCGUCGAAAUUCAUGAGUUGAAUUGUAGCUAAGCCCUACCGCACAGAACCAUUGGAACCACUGCAUGCUGUGCGAUUAUCGGGAGCAAAAAAUACACAUUAUAAAAUCAAAUUUUAUUUUUGAGAGUGCCGAUCAAUGUCAUAGAACACGUCACUAGGAAAUGUGGUAACUAUACUUUCGUUCAAUUCACUUUUCGGUUGGCUUCAUAUGUGGCUAUGUCGGACAAACAUCAAGUGAACAAAAAGUGCACAGUUUUUGUUACUAAAGUGCGGUAGAUUCAACAAUAAUUAUUAUUCACAACAAAAUCUCCCUUCAUCGCAAUGAUUCUACGAUCGCUGAUGGGGCUCAACAUAGGAGUGCGAGUAUUGAUAGCCUUCAUUUCCGUAUGGGUCAUCCUUGUGCUUAUUUUCUACUCGAAGCUGAAUGCUGGAGCCGGAACAGAUACCGAAGAAGCCAUCCGAAGGCUGAACCAGGCAUUAUCCUAUUUGGAAAAAUCCAAACAGGUUGAUCAGGAUCUUAGAGGUCUCAUCAACGACUAUCUCAGCGAUAAUUCCUACAAUCGCAAACAAAAGUUUGUCGAUGAGCUAGGUAACAAAUUACAGCUUCAAGGUGCCGGAGCAGGACGAUUUAAGGGAGUACCAUCACUCGAAUAUGAACAACUUAGGCGGAGGAUUUACAGCAACACUCAAGAACUAUGGAACUACCUUCAUACGGAGGUUGAAAAAACAAACCGGGCCGCACAGAAAACAUCCCCUGAGCUUAAUACUCCAUUGAAAAACUUCCUCGCACAUGCCUCGGAACACAGAAAUUCGCUGUUGAACGACAUCAAUCAGAUGCGCGCGAGCGAUGGCUACGAGUUCUGGCGUUACAAAGAAUCCAAAGAUUUAAGCGAUCUAGUCCAGAAACGACUUACUUUCUUACAAAAUCCUGAAGAUUGUUCGUCGGCCCGUAAACUUGUCUGCCGAUUGAAUAAGGGAUGCGGCUACGGUUGUCAACUGCAUCACGUAGUUUACUGCUUCAUCAUGGCCUACGCCACCGAACGAACGCUAAUCCUAAAAUCCAAAGGCUGGCGUUAUCACAAGGCCGGCUGGGAGGAAGUAUUUCAGCCUAUAUCCGAUACCUGUUCCAGCGCGGAUGGCGCCACUCAUGCGAGCUGGCCUGGAACUUCCGAUACGCAAGUACUAACCGUUCCAAUAAUUGAUUCGCUCAAUCCACGGCCACCGUACCUGCCACUAGCAAUCCCAGCAGACUUAGCCCCACGGUUGAUGAAACUACAUGGAGAUCCCAUCGUAUGGUGGAUUGGUCAAUUUUUAAAGUACCUACUGAAACCGACCGGAGAAACGCGUCAGAUGCUGGAAAAUGGAAUCGAGAAGCUAGGUUUUCGGAAACCUAUUGUUGGUGUCCACGUGCGUCGCACGGACAAAGUUGGAACCGAAGCUGCAUUCCACGGAAUUGAUGAAUACAUGGCGGCUGUAGAUGAUUAUUACAACCAGGUAGAAAUGGUUGAAGCCGUCGACAAGAGACGGGUGUUUAUCGCUAGCGAUGAUCCGAAGGUUAUUGACGAAGCAAGAUCAAAAUACCCUCACUACGAGGUGGUUGGCGAUCCAGAGGUGGCCAAAGUUGCAGCUGUUUCCACUCGCUAUACUGAUUCUUCGCUGAACGGCAUUAUUUUGGACAUUCAUCUGCUAUCUCUAAGCGAUUAUCUGGUGUGCACGUUCAGCUCCCAAGUUUGUCGGGUGGCGUACGAGAUUAUGCAAACUAUGUACCCCGACGCCUCGGGCCGGUUCAAAUCGCUGGACGAUAUUUACUAUUACGGGGGCCAAAAUGCACAUAACCGGGAGGUUAUCAUUCCGCACAACCCGAAAAAUCACGACGAAAUUCAUAUGCGCAAGGGAGACCUAAUUGGUGUGGCAGGUAACCACUGGAAUGGAUUCUCGAAGGGUAAAAACGUGCGCACCAACCAGGUUGGACUGUUCCCGUCAUACAAAGUCAACGAUAAAAUCGAAGUGGUGGACUUACCGACCUAUCCUAAGGUGAAAUAAUCGACAAACAAGGGCGGGAAGCCUCGCUCGAGUGGCCAACUAUUUACAAAGCACGAUAAUGAAUUGGGAUGAAAUUAGUUUUGUGAUGUGAUGCAUGUUUACUACCUACAAUUCAGAUGAUAUUGUGUACAUAUUUAUAUUUUCCAAAUUUUCUCCUGGUAAUGUGAACGUGUUAAGAAGCAUAUUAUGGAAUAUAACAGAAUGACAUUAUUUCAUUUAAACAUAAUGCUGUUUGGCUUCAUGUCUAACAGAUAAACAUAAAUUAAGCGCAAAAGACAUCUAGGGCUACUAUAACUAUACCUGGUUCUAACUUUAUUCGGUUUUAUAUUAAUGUUAGCUUUUGUUGUUAAAAGCCAUCUUUUAUAAUUUACUCAUGCACUCAUAAGGAUAACAGCUUAACAUGUUCAAGUGCCUACAACGGACUUGAACUCAACGGUGUAACUGAAAUAACUAAUGCGAAUCAUUUAUCAUGCUGUAUCCACUACUCCGAACGGCAUUUUGUCGAAUGAUGUGAUGCCAUCUGUGAUCUAUUCCUAUUAUUGGUAACGGCUUAGUAGGUAAUAAAUCAAAAUGAAAAAUAGCAUACCUUGUAGGACAACCGAAAAAACAAUAGGAGCGGAUAAAUUUGAAAAUUUUCGAAACACAAACCGAUGCGUAAACAACCUACCAAGAAUUUAAAUCAAUUUUUACGGAAGAUUAAUAAAGCAAUUACCACAAUAACUUGAAUGAAUCUACUUUUAAUUGAUUUGAUUACAUUGUUUAGUACUGUCACCUUGAUGUCCAAUAUGUUCAGUAUUCAACCCAGAUAACGAUAAACACAUAAUAUGUUGUUACUUUACCAAUCACUGUUGUGAGGGCAUCGGACAUCUCAUGUGGAGUUCUUUUUCCGACGUUGCGUCUUCUACUUGCAAUAAUAUAUAUUAAAUGUAAUUUCGACUUCGAAGAUCUAU